AGACAGUAGUAACGUCGCGUUACACGUUACAGCCGAAAUAUUCGACGAAAUGACGAAUAAUAAUAAAGAAGUCUUUAUAACGAUAAUAAUAAUAAUAUUAUAAUUACCGACUUGCGGUGCGAAAACCGACCACGACUGGGACAAUAUUAUUUCCCGUGUCCGACAGCACUGAUGAAUUUACCUUUUUAUUUAAUUUUUUUUUUUACACAUUAAUCAAGUGUGCGUGUGUAUUUUUUUUUACUGAUAAAAGCCAUCAUCACUAUUACUAUUUACUACAAUCUACAGUUAGUAGUACUACACUACUACUAGUUACUACUACAACUACUGCAACUCUGUAGGAGCUAAGCGGUGGUGGCGGCAGGCGGCAGCAGGAACAGCUUCAGUGGUCCACCAUCAGUUGUACAACAGUGGUCCAGCGUCUUCUCUCUCGUCUUCCGAUAUUCUUGUCGUCUGAAAACCGUGUCGAACGCUCGUCUGGCCGAUGUGACCACCGAGGUCCGAACAGUCUCUCGACCGUUUUUAUCCGUGCGAACAACCGACGGGCCGGCGCGCGGACUGUGGUGCGUUCGUUCGCGCGCGACGAAAAACGGCUGUUGCCACGGCCGUCGUGAUUGUGCGAGUGCCCGCGCGUCGUGAGUGUGUCCGUGUGGCCUCCCGCCCGCGAAGGAGGAUAUUGUCAUGUCGUCCGCAAGAGCCCUGUGGACGACCCUGCGCCAGGCCGCGGCUGUCUGACACAGUCGGUACUCUCUGUUCCCGAAGACGGAGCCGACCGACCGUUGGUGGCCGCCGUUGUUCGCGCCUGACGCGGCAGGGCGCGAUCAGUCGUCGCUAUGUCGGCGUUGUUCAAGAGAGCCGAACAGUUGAAACGGUGGGAGGAAUCGGACACCAACCGAGAGUCGCCAUCCCGCAAGAACAUCAAGGCAGUAUCGUUCCCUAUCGACUGUGCUUUCCUAGCGUCUGUCUCGUCAGGCGAUAAGAACGAGGUGAACAGCUUGCUGUACUUGGCCGCUGACAUCAAUGCCGCUAAUGCAGAUGGUCUUACAGCUUUGCAUCAGGCUUGUAUUGAUGAUAACCUAGAUAUGGUUGAAUUUUUGGUUGAACAUGGAGCUGAUGUGAAUAGAGGUGAUAAAGAAGGAUGGACACCAUUGCAUGCAACAACAUCUUGUGGAUUUGUUAGCAUUGCAAAAUAUUUAUUAGAACACGGAGCAGAUGUAUCAGCAAUUAACUGUGAUCAAGAACUAGCUAUUGACAUUGCAGAAUCUGAUGACAUGAGGAAACUUUUAGAACAACAUUUAAGAGAUAUGGGCAUUGACUGUGAUGAAGCAAGGAACAAAGAAGAGAGACUGAUGCUAAAAGAUGCUCGAGAAUGGAUUAAUACUGGCAAAUUUAAGGAUUCUCCUCAUGCUACUACCGGGGCAAUGGCAAUACACGUAUCUGCUGCCAAAGGAUACAUUAAAGUCUUAGAGCUCCUUAUUCAAGCUGGUGCAGAAGUCGAUUGUCAAGAUUAUGAUGGUUGGACACCAUUACACGCAGCAGCAUAUUGGGGUCAAAAAGAAGCUUGUGAAAUAUUAGUUGAACAUUUCUGUAAUAUGAAAAAGAAAAAUUUUGUGGGUCAAACAGCAUUUGAUGUUUCUGAUGAAGAAAUGAAAGAUUUACUAGAUGAAUUAAAAAAGAAACAAGCUUCUCAAAAUAAAGAUGCAUCAGAUAAAAAUUACCUAAUAAGUAAUAAAUUAACAAAUUCUCAGAAUCAAAAAAGAAGAUCUUCAAUCAGCAGGCUAUCCGGUAAUGACAAAUCAACAUUGAAAAAGGACAAAGAAACCGUAUUAGAUCGAAAUCGAGUGAUUAAAGAGGAAGAAGAUGAUAUUAAGAUUAAGGAUGACCCCACAAUACAUCAAAAAGUGGAAAUUCAACUUACACCUAUUGAACAGACAUCAGAAAAUAAUAUUGGAAAUACAACCAAAGAAUUCAAACAGCCUAUUGUCCCAUCAUCAGACAAUAACGAAUUAAAGCCUCCAGAGGUUGUUUUGCGUAGAACACAAAGUUUCGAGUCUGAUGAAAAGUUUUAUCGACGUUAUUGUGAGUUACGUGCUAAAAUUAAAGGUAACUUGUGGGGAGUUAUACAUCCUUCUCCAUCUACAGCAUGUGCUUCACCUCCUAUGAGAACUGCUUCGUUAAAGGAAAAACCUCUAUCAAGGCGGAACAAAAGUAAUUUUAGAGACGAUCAAACAAAUUUAGCAACUGCUCAGAGCAGUUUGAAUUCAAAUGAUACAACACAUCCAACUCCCAAUAUUCGCAGUGGUGUCAAAGCAUUUAUCAGUGGUCUCCAAAUGCAACAGAAACAAUCAGAAACAACCCAUAAAAUAGUCCCUGGGAACAUCUUUAAAAACUUUUUCAAGUCAUUUGUUCCUCCUGUUAGAGAUGACGAAUCAGAAACUCAACGAAAAGCACAUGCUAAACGUGUUCGAGAAACUAGACGGUCCACUCAAGGAGUGACUUUAGAAGAACUAAAAUCUGCUGAACAAAUUGUUAAGCAAAAAAAUCAGGAUACUGGCAAAAGCAAAUUAAGCAACUCUCAAGUGGAAACAAAUAAUAACUCCACAAACAAUAUUGGAACACCGCACGCUAAAAAAGAAGAGCAUGUAACUGUUACGGCUACGAUUACUCCAUUGCCCCGAAAUAUUCCAUCUAACAUGCCAGAUAGCUGUUUGGAACGAAGGCCGUCUUGGAGACUUAGGGUCGAAAACGGCAGCAAGUUUUUGCUUGAAGACGCUCGAUCUAAUGAAGCAGUUCCAAAACCUCCAACAAAGUCACACAUUCCGUCAUCUCCUGAUACUAGUGCAGAUACAACUGUAACGUUACCAUUAAGGCGUCCUUCGCCUAAAGAAAUUGACGAUAAAGAUCAAGAUAAAGAAAAUGAAUUCCGCAAUCACCAGGCUACUCAAGCAGUUAUACAAAGAAGGAAAAGGCCAAAGCGAAGAUCUACUGGAGUGGUCCACGUUGAUUUGGACGAAAUUGAUCCAGACAGACAAGAUACCUCUUCUUGUGGCGGUACCGAUGAUAGUAUUGGAGAGAGCGGCGGAGAUACCAAAUCGAAUCCGACGUCGCGGCUCGGUUCAAUAUCGUCAUCACUAGACAGUAAACACAGUAGUGCUGCAAAUUCUCCCCGCUCGUGUUCUGAAAACGGCGAAAUCGAUUACAAAGCUUUGUACGAAGAAGUAGUCGUAGAUAACGAACGAUUGAGGCGACAGUUACAGAAGACUGAGGAAGACCUACUAGAAGCAAAAAUUACUAUAGAAAAACAAUCGACCAAUGCUGGAAAAAGCACGACAUUAUCGGAAACGGAAAAACGUGAAAGGCGGGCUAUGGAGAGAAAACUGUCAGAGAUGGAAGAGGAACUCAAGCAAUUGCAAAAGUUGAAAGCAGAAAAUGAACGGCUCCGAACUGAGAACAGAGCCCUUACCAGAGUCGUUUCUAAACUUACUCAUACCUGAUAAUGCGAACACUUCAUUUUUUUUUUUUAUCAAAUGGAACUGUUACGCCAAGAAAAUCAGAGGUUAAAAGACGAGAAUGGUGCUUUAAUUCGAGUUAUAAGUAAACUUUCAAAAUAGUGAUACAUUUUUUUCUUAGACUAAUUAAUUUGAAUAUUAUAAAUACCUACAAAAAUAACUGCUUUUAUUCAUAUCAUAAACACAUAUAUAUAUAUAUAUUUACUUAGCAUUCAGUAUUAAUUCAUUUUGUCUAGAAGCUACUAUUUUUAUAAUAAAUUCAUACUUAUAUUUUAUUGUAAUUUGUACUAUACUUGUUUUUUUUUUAUUCGCUACUCAACAGAUCUGAUAUAUAUUUUGUAUUGGUUAUAAUAUAUGCAAUGAUAAAAAAAAUAGUGAUCUUGUAAACAACUAACCCAAAUUUCAUAAAUUUUUAUUAUUUUAAAUUAAAUAAAUUUUAUUAUUAUUAUUUUUUUUUUAAAUUAUAUAAAUACAAAUUAAUUAAUAUUUUUAAUGUAUAUACAAUAUACCAUUUUUCCUCGUGUAUACUAUUUUAUAUAAUUAUUGUAUUUUGUUGUUCUGUUGUAUGCGGAUGUUUAUUUUGGUACACAAUGAAAAUUAAAAAAAAAAUUGACCGCAUUUAAAAAUGUUCAAAUAUAUAUGUUUGUUUUUAUUCUGUUA